AAUUUUCGUUCUAGUAGAGUGGUUUUAUGUGAUGUUGAAGGGUAGCUGAUAGAUAAGUAGUUUAACCUGAAAACAGCCAAUUUUUAAAUAUAUACAUUUAAUAUUGAAAAUUAAAAUGAGUUUCUUAAGCAAAGUAUUUGGUGGUAAGAAAGAAGAUAAAGCUCCAACGACAGGAGAAGCAAUUCAAAAGCUUAGAGAGACUGAAGAAAUGUUGGUUAAAAAGCAAGAGUUCCUUGAGAAGAAAAUAGAACAAGAACUUGCAGUAGCAAGAAAAAAUGGCACGAAAAAUAAAAGAGCGGCUAUCCAAGCGUUGAAGAGAAAGAAGCGUUACGAGAAACAGCUGCAGCAGAUUGAUGGCACACUGUCCACCAUUGAGAUGCAGAGGGAAGCUCUGGAAGGAGCGAACACCAACACAGCUGUUCUCACCACCAUGAAAAAUGCUGCCGAUGCUCUCAAAGCAGCACAUAAACACAUGGACGUGGACCAGGUGCAUGACAUGAUGGACGAUAUAGCCGAGCAACAAGAUGUCGCCAAGGAGAUAUCAGAGGCCAUCUCUAACCCUGUGGCCUUUGGCACAGAUAUCGACGAGGAUGAGUUGGAGAAGGAGCUCGAGGAGUUGGAACAGGAAGAGUUGGACAAGGAGUUGCUCGGCACCGGUCCUACGGCAGACCAGUUGCCAUCCGUGCCGGCCGGGGAGUUGCCGGUGCCAGCUGCCCGAGCCAAAACCUCUGCCAGAGUCGAAGAAGAGGAUCCGGACUUGAAGGAACUACUUCAGUGGGCAAACUAGGUGCAUGACAAUAUCGUGCAAACUGUAUAUUAUAUGAAAUGGCCUUUGUCAGCUAUUGCUUAAUUUUACUUGUUCUAUUAUCGCCUCUCAAUUUAUUUAUUAUAUCAAUAUUAAAUUUUAUAAGAUCACUUACAAAACGUAUAAAUACACCUAAAUAGAAGGAGGCAUCGAAAUCUUUUCACUGCAUCGGGUUGUAUUUGUAAUAAUCUACGAUGCUUGUCUCUAGCGCUAGAUGUAAAUCAAAUUUACUUAUAGUGGUCGGGGAAACAAAGUGUUUUAAGUUAACUGUUUGCUGUUAAAAAUGCCAAUUUUAUAUUUUAGUUUUGAUACUGUUAUGUUAGUGUAGGUGUGUCAAACCUGUAACGUCUAAACACAUUAUGCUGUAUUAAUUUGUCUAGAUGUUCUGUGAUAUUUUUUAUAAAUAUAUGCUUUUUAGUACCAACCAUCUUACCAAUGUAUUAUCGUGUUAACUCCAUUCUGCUUCUUGUCACAGCCCUAGUAAGGAAUUUCUUGACAUAAUAUGUUUUAUCUUACAUAAUAAUUAUAUCCAUAAUUUGUUAAAUCCUUCCAGUUUUUUAUUUUAAUAUUUCUGCAUGUGAAGUAUUAAGAGUUUCACGAAUUCUGAUACUGAAUUACUUUCUCGUAUUUUCAAUAUUUCUGAUUUUGUCGUUACACAAAUUAGGAUUUCAAGUUUUUGUGACGUUAUAAAGAAGUACAUUUUUAUUUAUUGUUUUAAGAUCCAUACAUAGUGUUUAUUGAAAACUACUGUCUUAGUCAGUUCAGUCAUAUAUAGGUAGCUGAAAGUCUGUCUCUAGUCAUGCGAAAAAUCGAAUGUUCUUAACCUUCUCUUUCUGUAUGUUUGAAAAUACGAUUCCUAAGCAUAUUUACAUCUAUGUGGUGUCAAACUAAUAGGAAUGAAAAAAAUAACAUUGGAAAUUGCCUUGCAACUCUGUUAUUCCUUCAAACUAUCCAAUAAUCAAAAAUCAUAAUAUGCGAAAGGUGUAAUUAAAUUUUUAAAAUUUUCAUCCAUAAUUAUAAUCAAACUAUAAUUUACAUUAACAAAAUAAUACUAUCUAAAUAUUUUUUAGAUCAAAACUAAUAUUGUCGUAAUACCUUAUGAUCAUACAGAUAUGAAUAAGCUUUUUUCGAGUUGUUAAUUGUUUAGAUUCAUAGGUAAAAAAUCAGAAAAGUAAUGUCUACAAACACUACUGUAUAUCUUGUAAAUAUGAAUGUGUACAUUUGGUUCCUUAGUGGGAAAUGGUAUUGUUUGGAAUUAAAAAAGUAUUUGUACAUUUA